AUGGCACUGUCGUCGCCUGCGUCUGCUGAAGCGCUGAAAUCGCCGGGAAGCCAGCUGGGCCUGCUGGAGGGGCAAGACCAGCACACCACGCUCGAGUUCAGCGACUGUCAGCAGGACUCGCCGUACUUUCGCAACCGCAUCCGCGAGUACGAAGCCGAGACGGACAACAUCAGCGACGCCAUCAAGAGCCUCGUCAAGCAGCAGCGGGCGGUCGUCGAUGCCUGCCGCACGCACUCGCGCAGCCACCGCGCAUUUGCUGAAGUCCUGAACGGAUUCAACUUUGCGCGCGUUUCAGAGUCGGCAACAGACAACGAAAUCCAAAUCAGUGGUGCGCUGUCGACCUUUGGCGAGCUGCUCUGCAGCCUUGAGGACCAGCGCGAAAUUAUGUGCGAGGAAGCCGACUUGACCUUGAUCAAGCCGCUGGAAGAGUUUCGCAAGAACGAAGUCAAUGCUGUCAAGGAGUGCAAGAAGCGCUUUGACAAGCAGACCGAACGCUACUACCAACAUCUCGAAAAGACGCUGACGCUGUCCGCCAAGAAGAAGGACCAGAUGCUGCAGGAAGCCGAUGUGUCGUUGGAAGCUGAGCGCCUGGCCAUGCACAACGCGUCGCUCGAGUACGUGGAGAAGCUGAACGAGCUCGAGGAGAAGAAAAAGUUUGAGUUUGUCGAACGCAUUCUUGGGUACAUUUACUCGCAAGUCACCUUCUUCCACCUGGCGUACGAGUCCUUCCAUGCGAUGGAGUCGUACAUGCAAAACCUCGCCCUCCGCCUCCAGAACACCCGCUUCACCUUUGACGACCAGAAGGAGAAGAUUGCCGAACUCAUGCGCAAGAACCGCGAACGCGCCGAAAAGAACGAUGUCAAUGAUGCCAUCAACGCCUCGCCAGACCUCCACGAAGGCUAUCUCUUUAUGCAAGACUCGAAAAAGGGCCUCCUUGGCUACUCGUGGACCAAGCAUUUUUGCCGCUAUGUGAAGGCCACGCGUCAGUUUAUGAUUCUGACGUUUGUCCAAGGCAAGCCGUACCCUCCCGAAUCCUAUGACGUGACGGAUUGCCACGUUUUCAACCCCGACUCGAACGAUCGGCGGUUUUGCUUUGAGAUUGUGUCGAAAGAUCGUACAAUGAUUGUUCAAGCUCCUGGCCAGCAAGCAUUAGAUAUUUGGGUCCCAUCGCGCGACACCAAAGCCCGUCCAGUCUCGGUGAUGGGUGCUCCGAGCGGAAGCAGCAAGUUUGUUCAACAGUGCAUCAAUUUCAUUGAGACACAUGGCUUGGAUCAAGAAGGCCUGUAUCGCUUGCCUGGUGUCCAAUCUAAGGUGCAGAAAGUCGUCCAGUUGCAGAAGGAUAACAAGCCGUUUUCGGUUGAAGAGUCGUCUGCUGAAAUCAAGACAGUGUGCAGCGCGCUCAAGCAGUUCUUCCGCGAACUGCCCGAGCCAUUGAUGACCUUUGGCAUGCACCAGGCUCUUGUCAAGGCUGCCAAGAUUGAAAAUCGCGAUGACCGCUUGCAGCAAAUCUAUGUGCUCGUGCAUGACUUGCCUCGUGAGAACUUUGGAUUGCUCAAAACGUUGGUUCGCCAUUUGAACAAAGUCUCGCAACAAGCAGAGGUCAACAAGAUGCAAGCGAGUAACUUGGGUGUCUGCUUUGGCCCUUCGCUGAUGCGAUCCGAGGAAGAGUCCAUGGCUGCGAUUAUGGACAUCAAGUUCCAGAACUCAAUCGUGGAAUGGCUCGUCGAAAACUAUGAAUGGUUCUUUGAGAACGAGGAUGCCGCUGCCAAGCAAGCCGAGGAGACACCGGCAGCGAGCGAGCCGGCUCCAACUCCGGCUGCCUCCACUCCCACUGCGACUGCAUCCGCCAAGCCUUUCGAGAAGGCCAGCGUCGUCGUCGCGUCCAACAAGCCAGCCGCCGCGUCUACCGUGGAGCCGGCGGCAGAAACCAGUGCCCCGUCUGCGCCGUCUGCAACUGCGGCGCUUGCAGCAGUCAAGCCCAAGCCGAAUCUGUCGCAAAAGCCGCCGAGCAGCAAGCCUCCGGCCCCAGUCCUUGUUCCGCGACCUGCCGGGCUGCCCACAAUGCCGCCCGCGGCAGCACGUCUGAUUCCCCGCUCGGGCGACAGUGCAGCAGGUGCAGCAGCAGCAGGAAGCGGGCAGCUGUCGACUGGCGUGGGCGCUCUGACUGCUCGCUUUUCCACCAUGCCGCCACCGGCCGCAUCGGCAGCAGCAGCAGCAGCAGCGCCGACGGCCGGCAAUCGACCCACUGCGCUCAAGGCGCCCAACAAGGCCGUGCCUACGCCUGGAAGCUCGUCCAGCUCGCCCAAGGCUGUUGCAAACAAGUCGACUGGCUCACCUGCACCUGCACCUGCCGCUGCAGCCAGCGGACCGAAGGCGCUCUCGAACAAGUGGCCUCCGGGAGGAGCCUCUGCUCCGGCAGCCUCUUCAGCCAGUGGAGCGAAUGGUGGACGGCGGGCCGUUGCACUGUACGACUGCGUUGGCGAAGACGAGGGCGAAAUUUCCUUCAACGAGGGCCAAACGCUUAUUGAUGUUCAACCAAGUAAUGAAGACGGCUGGCUCGAAGGCACGAAUGAAAGCACGAAUCGACGCGGGCUGUUCCCCUCCAACUAUGUUUCGUUCCUUUCGGAUGAGCGCCCGGCUCCGCCCAAACGGUUUUCGCGCACCAAGUGA